UUAUACAUAUAUAAUUUAUAGUGUAAAUUUAAUUAGUUAUUACACGCAAUAUAAAUAAACAAUAAGCGAGAGUGUGACGGAAGGAAAUUCAUGAAUGAAUGUAAUCCAGCGCAAGAAAUUAAUGACGUAAAACUGAACGGUCUGGUACAGAUGAAAGAGAUUGAUCCGUGUGAUGUAUACAUAAUAUUGCUCUGAGGAUGUUUCUCUCUUAGUUUAAGUAUCGUAUUUAAUAUAAACUGAGCAGAGCUACUGGUUGAGUUUACAAAGACGUAGCUUCUGCUGGCGGGUCUAUAUAACUAUAACACAGAUGUAAAGAGCUCUGCAAAAUCCUCUAUCUAAACUACACAACAUCUUGACGCCGCGACGAAUGCUCAGCGGUGGGUGGUUCGAGGAUAAAUAUAACACAACCGCCUACUCAACAGAGAAAUACCGUAUUUUCUCCACAUGCCGACGAGACAACGACGCUAGUCGCUUAUGAAAAACGGCUCGUAUCACCGCCUAACACCAUCAUUAUCAUUAUCACUGUAAUUGUCAUCGGUUAUUUUCCUUCUAAGUGAACAAGUGCUAUUAAAAAAAAAAAAAAAAAAAAAAUUAUACAUUAUUAAAUGUCAUUUCAUAAUAUUAAAUUUACACUUAAAAUAUUACAUUACUUCUUACCAUGUAUUUUAUUUAUUCUUGAGAGUUUAUUUUUUUUCCGAACCCGCUCCACUCGGUUUGCUAAACAGAUGGAUACUCUGUACUGGGCUUUAUAUAGUAACUCUGCUCUAAACUUGAAUACUUAAAAAAAAUAUAAUUGGAUACGACCAUUUCUUCUUGAGCUUUAUGGUACGAGUCCUUAUAGUAACUUACAACAAGUGGAAGAUACUACUACAACUACUUGAACGCAGUAUAAAAUUUUAUACAGACUAAAUUUAAUACAUGAUGGAUUCUGCGGAGAUGGAUGUUGAAUUUGAAACACCGUCCAAGUGUUUGAUAUUACUUUGUUUAAUAUGGAAGUUUUUUAAAUGUAUAUUUUCACAUGUGACACUUGUAUCACUUGUCGUAGCUUAUUGCGUUCUCGGUGCUUGGGCCUUUGAAAGACUUGAAUCUGGUCAUGAGAAAGACGUGAAGCGUAGCAUCAAAGAUAUCCGGGGUAAUGUAACCGAAAAGUUAUGGAUAAUGACACAAUCAGCGGAGAUACUUAUAAGAAAAAAUUGGACGGACGAUGUAGUUGAAAAAUUGCGGGCUUUUGAAACAGAUCUUUUAAAGAAAAUGAAAAAAGACGGUUGGGACGGAAGCGAAGAAGAGGACAAUAUUCAGUGGACGUUUGCCGGUGCUCUAUUUUACUCAAUAAUUGUUAUCACAACGAUAGGAUACGGUCACAUAUCUCCAAAGACUCCAAACGGCAAGGUCGUAACUAUUUUCUAUGCUAUACUUGGGAUUCCCCUGAUGUUGCUAUGUCUAUCGAAUAUCGGGGAUGUCAUGGCCUCAAGCUUCAGAUUUCUUUAUUGGAAAAUUUGCUGCUACAUUUGCACACGACCGCCUAAGCCACGGCGAGUUCGGAGCAGCUACUUAGCUCGAGGAUACAGCGUUCGUCAGGGAUCUGGCCGAGCUGGAUCACGACCAGCGUCAUUACGUAGGUCCGUUAGGGCGAGUCAUAAAUCGACAGACUCGGCUCUUGGUAAUUCAGGAAGCAUGCCCCGAUCAACACACUCCGAGACAGUCGGAGCUACAGGAGAGGCUCAUCGAUUUAAUCCUCCGCGUCGUUACGACGUCGAUGGCAACUUUAAUGACUUUACAAAGCGAUCCACUCCGGCGAGUACCAGUGGCUCACCUCGUCAACAUCAUCUCCAGUCAAUUAGUCCCACGAGACACACUUACGAGCUACCAAGUACAUCUAGAAUCGUCACUGCUAACAGUAGGUUGUCCCGCAGUGGGACAGCGACCUCGCACAAUGUUCCCGGAGCAACUCAGUCGCUCGACAGGCGAUUGCUCUUUGCUCCAAAUUAUAAAGAUGAUCGCACACCAGUUUUUUUUAACAAAUACGCCAUAGAUGACCCACUGCCAGCCGUUCCAAGGCAUCAUCACAAUUACACCGAGGCUGAAAAUCAAAAUAGCCUUUACGAUGACGUUAAUCCAUCACGCCCGAGUAUUGUGACGAAAAACAGACUCAGGCCAGAUAACCUCGCGUUCUCCACAUUGCCUCGGGUCGAGCGAUCAGUGAUAACACCACACAGAUGUUGCUCAGUGGAUCCCUCGGUGGUCGCCAGCGAGCCAAGUCCAUAUCUCGAAGUCUCACGACCUAGAAGAGCUUUUCCCACCGCUGUUUCUUCAAUACGCCGUCCUCGCAGCAAUCUCAGCACUAUUUCUCGAACGGCCAGAAGAGAAGCACCAUCACCGCGUAUCAUGUCCCCGAUGGGUUUCGCCGUUCAUCGUCAAACUUAUGUCAAUGAUAUUGAGUAUGACGAGUAUUACAUGCCCGCGGAAGACCAAACAACAAAGCCCGUGCCUAUUUGGCUCUGUGUGUUCUUGGUCGUUAGUUACAUAUUAGGCGGUGCUGUUUUAUUUAACGAGUGGGAAAAUUGGAUCUUCCUUGACUCGGCAUAUUUCUGUUUUAUAACUCUAACCACUAUAGGCUUUGGUGAUUUCGUACCAGCUCACAGACUGCAUGCUCACCAAGGAAUAGCGCUGUGCUCGCUCUACCUCCUCUUCGGUAUCGCCCUACUUGCAAUGAGUUUUAAUUUGGUUCAGGAAGAAGUAAUAACAAAUGUUAAGAGCGUCGCCAAGCGACUGGGAAUCAUUAAGGAGGAUGAAGACGAUGAUGAAGAUGCUAUCGAUGACGACUUUGACGUCGUUAACGACGAAUAUGAUGACGGAAACGCCUCCGAGUAUGUUGAUUAUCAUCCCAGUAAUCAUCGCGGUUACAAUUACAGUCACCAUGAUCUCGAAAUGUCCUAUGAAAACGGUGCCGACGUCAACGACGAUGAAGAUGCUGAAGAAAUAGAGGAAGGUGAUUUCUCAUAUGACAAAAACUCCGGUAUCUUUUUCUUCCUCUUUUCUUGUCUGGUCAUAAUGAUGGACGAGGAGACAAAGUGGUCAACAAACGCUCCAAUUCCUGGUGGAGAUCGGGGCCGAGGACUGACAACAAAUGCCAGCUGGAGCAGCCAGCGGAAUUCCUCGGUCCGUAGGCAACAGCGCAGCUCAUCCAGAUCCAGGCGCAGCGAGUUAAGGGAGAGCGUGAUCAGGCGAAAAAGAAAAAGACACAAACCUCUGGGUGAAAAAAUCGGCGAUUGGUUUCGUGCAUUUUUAGCUUUUUUAUUUAGCAAUGUAGGUAUUGUGUGUCUGGUGGUUGGUUACACCAUCGCCGGGGCAUUUAUAUUCGAAGCAAUCGAGGGCUCACACAAUCGUAAAAUUGGAAAUGGCUAUGACGUACCCAGUUCACGAAAUGAAACCGCGCUUCAUCUGUGGAAAUUGACGACCAAGGAAAAUAUUUUCUCGGAGAAACUAUGGAAGUCAAAGGUGGAUACCAUUCUAAAGAGCUAUCAGGAUAUAGUCGUUGAUGCGGUUAAAAAUGAAUGGGAUGGUUCAGACUCGAUGGAGAAUCGAAAGUGGAGUUUUGCGGGCGCUUUCUUGUACUCCUUGACGGUCAUUACGACAAUUGGUUACGGCAAUACGUGUCCUCGAACCAUGUGGGGCAAGGUGAUUACAAUCGGGUACGCGAUCGCCGGAAUGCCCCUAUUUCUUCUUUACCUAAGUAACAUCGGGGAUAUACUUGCUAAAAGUUUCAAGUGGUCUUACGCCCGUUGCUGUCUAUGCAGAUGUAGAAAGAGGCCACGCGAGUCUCGUGAUCGCCGAGUAACUGGCUCAAGACGAUCACUCGGUCAGUCUUAUCGAAAGAACACCUGUCAGUCUGUACAGAUGGUGAGAAUGCAAUCUGGACGUGAUGGGGCGGCAUUCGACACCGUUAGUAUGGACAAUGAGAUUGAGACUGCUUCUAAAACAACGACAAGCGAUCAAGGUAAUGACAACGACGACGAGGAUGAAGAAGAAGAUGAUGAUGAUGAUGAUGCUUCCAGUGAGGAUGAAGAUAACGAUGAAGAUGAUAAUGAUGAUGACAGCAGUGAUCGUUACGAUCCUAAGCGUAUUACUGUUCCAUUAACUCUUUGUCUGAGUAUCAUAGUCGGAUAUAUUUGCGGAGGAGCAUUUCUUUUCUCAGAAUGGGAAGAUUGGAAUUUUCUCGAUGGUUCGUACUUUUGUUUUAUCUCCCUUUCAACAAUCGGUUUCGGUGACAUAGUUCCAGGCGACAAAAUUUAUUCCUCUGACGGCGUGUUCGACCUCUCUUUUAUCUUCUGCUCUAUGUACCUCAUGCUAGGUAUGGCUUUAAUAGCAAUGUGCUUCAAUCUAAUGCAAGAGGAGGUAAUAGCAAAAAUACGAUCGUUGACACGAUCAGUUAAGCAUGUCCUUCGCUGUGAUCGUUAGCUUUGUGAAAAUGGAUAAAAAAAAAUAUUUUUAAAAAUAAACUGGCUCAUCUGACCUGAUGACACACAAUAAACCGAUCAAAAGAACAUCAGUUUGACUGAAAAAGACAUUUGGACUUGGCGGUCCUCCAAUACAAUCAAUGUCCUACUACUCAAUAUGUUGUUAUGGAAUAUAUAUAUCUUUAUCGAUCAACAUUUCUUGAUAUAUUAUUACAAGCAUAUACACACUGCCGGAUAACAUAGAUCCUGAAAAUCUGGCAUCCGACGGCAAAGCCGAGGUAGUUGAAAGCCUCCAACAGCAGUGUAACAGUACAACUGUACCAGUACCAGGAACAUCAGCGGUGGCUGUAUGCUACCAGCAAGUCAUCAUUGAAUUGAACGUCCUUCUCCGCCACCCUUGCGUACUCUAGCAAUUGUGUGUUCUCUCCUAUCCCGAGAACUCUGGCAAACUUCCAAUUUAUUUGUACGACCUAUCAAACUAUAUCUAUGCGCAGCCAACUCGUUAUCGAUGAUUAUAUCGUGUGCUUAAACUGUCAACUGCUCUUGUUAAUCGACUUGUCUGGUUAUUUUAGUAUCGUAAGCGUUUAUGGAUAACAUUAAAACGGGGUACUACUGUAGGAAAUAGUACUGUAGUGUAUAAUAUUACACCUACGCAAGCUUAAAGGAUUCUCUCCUCUCUGAUACAUCUUGUGGAUACAUCUUAUGGUGCGCUCAUGCGUCCUGGACCAUGUACAUUAAACCCAACUGUACUCACCAUGUCCUAUAUAUCGAAAAGUUACCCGGCAAAGUCGAGCCAGCAUCGUCCAUCAGACCGUCGUCGAUUCUGCGCGGAUUUCUCUACUACAUAACGAGUGAGACUCCCUCGCACCUUCAGCACACAUUUCUCCGCGGUACUAUCAUGUAGUUCAGUGCGAUGGUACUUGCAGUACGGCAAGGGCGUUUUCUCGUCGAGCUUCAAUUUCUAUCCUAAAAUGGCCCUCUGCUAGUACCAUUGUUAUCUCCAAGAUAAUGUACCAUCAUCAUCAUCAUCAUCAUCAUCCUUCUCCUCCUCUGUUGUUGCCACGGGUUCAACAAUCUUAAAUAUCUAAAGUUAACAGAUAAAAAUAAAUAAACAUGUGCGUGUGUAAUUAUUGUAAAUUAUUAUUAUUAUUAUUAUUAUUAUAAAUAGUAUAUUUAUAAAUUCAGUUCAUCUGUUGGCUAUUAUGACCGUUUAAAAUUGUAUUAAGGACUCUUCGUAAGCGAGCAAGGUAAUCAGUGCUAGAUAUAAUUGCGCAUAGACAAUUAAAUGCGGUGAAAUGCGGAAUAAAGUAGUUGUACUACUCGUUCGCUGGACUUUGCGGCCUCAUUCUUCAGCACAUACAACAACACAUUUAUAACUCCAUCAGCAAUCGGAUGAAAACAAUUUCCAUAUGGAUAAAAUUCGACUGAAGGAAAUAUCACAAGGAUCCAUCAAAAUAUCUGGUGAAUAUGCUGAUGCCUUAUUGUUACUGUUACUAAAGAGAUGGUGUUUGUACAUGCCAAGAUUAUCAUUAACAAAAGCAGCAUCAUCAUCAUCUUGUCAUCAAAUAAUUCCAUGUCAUCUAACGGGUAUUAUCAGAAUGACAAUAACCAGGGAGAUAAUAAGAGCAACGUAGGACUACCUACUGGUAUAUUGUCCAGUUGUUGCUG